AUGUUUAAGAAAGGUUUAGAUGUAUUGAAUAAAACAAAAGAGGCUGCUAAAGCUUCUAUUGUAGAGUUGGUAGAGGAACCAGAGAAUGUUGUAACUGCAAAGAAUCAGAUCAAAAAUAUGAAGUGGAAUCUUAAAUUGUUGAUUGAACUCUCAAGAAAUUAUUAUAUGGCAUCAGAUAAACAAGUACAACAAGGUAAUGGACUAGCUCAAAUUCUUCAACGUUUCGGUGAGAAGACAUCACACACCAACUAUAUUUCAAAUCAAACCGUACCGUUGUCGGUUUCGUUGUUGGAGGUCGGUGGUGCCAUCAAGGACAGUCAGCUGCUCUUCCAGCAGUACAACCAGCAAUUCUACGACCGUCUAGCCAACCAACUCACCGCGCUCUACGAAGGAAGCGUCAAGAAGGUCAUUGCCUUUGAGAAGCAACAAGAGGAUGUCCGCGCCAAAUAUAGUGCCACUGUAUAUAAUUUAAAGAACGCACAAAAGUCCGGACAGAAACUACAGGAGCGUCAAGCGGAACACGAUCAAUCAAAGGCACUCUACGAUCAAUCGACAAUGAAUCUCGAGCAGAUGACCGUCGAGAUGGUCACCACUACACAGCGUGAGGUUGCCGCUGCUCUCAAGCAGUUCGUACAGGAUCAGAAGCGUUUCAUCGAGGAGGGCAUCAGAAUGUGGACCGAAGCCGAAGGAAAGAUCUUUGGUGUCGAGUCGCCUGCUGCCGUAACACCACAACAACACCACUCAUUCGAACAACAACCAGCGGUCAGCCUUGAGAAACUCAACUUGCACGAACACCAAGAUCCACAACCAUUCGAAGCUACCUCACCACAAGAUCACUACCAAAACACUUCCUCACCACCACCUGAAACCUACGUUGCACCAAACAAUGAUGCUAACCCAUUCGAUGACCAUAACCCAUUUGAAAGUGUUCAAUAA